ACCAUGUGUUUGGUUUCUAACUCAUUACUUAUCAAUGCAACAUGGGUUCAGCCGUCCUCUUUCUCUUCUUCCUUGCCUUCUUCAUCUUCUUCAAUUUUCUUGGAAAUCAAAACAUGCAAAACCCUGAAAGAUUUGAAACAACUUCAUGCCUUAAAGAUCAAGACAGGUCGAAUUCGUGAUUCUUUGGUUGCAGCAGAAAUUCUACAGUUUUGUGCACUUUCGGAUUAUAGAGACCUCGAGUAUGCUCGUUCUGUUUUUUAUCAAAUGGAAGAGCCAAAUUGUUUCUCUUGGAAUACCAUAAUUAGAGYUUUUUCUAACAGCAACGACCCUCUGCAGGCAAUACUUAUAUUCAAUGACAUGCUUCAUGAUGAAUUAGUUGAACCUAAUCGCUUUACGUUCCCAUCUGUGUUAAAAGCAUGUGCUCAGAUUGCUAGACUUGAAGAAGGGAAGCAGGUCCAUGGCCAGGUUGUGAAGCGUGGAUUAGAUUCUGAUGAGUUUGUUCUUAGUAAUCUCGUUCGAAUGUAUGUGCUUUGUGGGAUCAUGAAGGAUGCUCACCAAUUAUUCAGCAAAACCAUUGAAUAUGGUGAAGCGUUGGAAGAUAGUACUACUAAUCAUAAACUAUUGAGGGUUAAUGAACUGUCCGUCGGUAUGGAUAAUUCUCACAAGAAAGUAACGUCCAAGAGGCGACGAGAUGGUAAUAUAGUUUUGUGGAAUGUGAUGAUCGAUGGGUAUAUCAGACUAGGGGACUUUGAGGCUGCAAGACAAUUGUUUGAUGAGAUGCCCCAAAGAAGUGUUGUAUCUUGGAAUGGAAUGAUAGCUGGGUAUGCUCAGAAUGGGUUCUUCAAGGAGGCCAUUGGGAUCUUUCGUGAGAUGCAAAUGGUUGAUGUACGACCAAAUUAUGUGACAUUAGUUAGUGUUCUCCCUGCAAUCUCUCGUUUGGGUGCUUUGGAAUUGGGAAAGUGGGUUCAUGUGUAUGCAGAGAAAAACAGAAUUGAGGUUGAUGACGUUCUUGGUUCUGCUUUGGUUGACAUGUAUUCCAAGUGUGGGAGCAUAGAGAAGGCACUUCAGGUAUUUGAGCGGUUUCCUAAGAGGAAUGUAGUCACUUGGAAUGCCAUCAUUGGAGGACUUGCGAUGCAUGGACGGGCAAUGGAUGCACUUGACCACUUCUCCAAGAUGGAACAAUCAGGAGUGACACCUAGCGAUGUAACUUACAUUGGUGUUUUGAGUGCGUGUAGCCAUGCGGGGUUGGUGGAUGAAGGUAAAUCUUACUUUAGGCAGAUGGUCAGAGUCGGGUUAAGACCUAGGAUUGAACAUUACGGGUGCAUGGUUGAUCUAUUGGGACGUGCUGGGUUACUAGAAGAGGCUGAGGAGAUUAUUUUGAAUAUGCCCAUUGAACCAGAUGAUGUGAUAUGGAAGGCUCUACUUGGUGCUUGUAAGAUGCAUGGCAAUGUUGAAAUUGCAAAACGUGUUGCAAAGUAUCUCAUGGAAAUGGUUCCUCAUGACAGUGGGAGCUAUGUGGCUUUAUCGAAUAUGUAUGCCUCUUUAGGCAACUGGGAAGCUGUUGCCCAGGUGAGGUUGAUGAUGAAGGAGCUUGACAUAAGGAAAGAUCCUGGAUGUAGUUGGAUCGAGCUUGAUGGGAUAAUUCACCAGUUCCUUGUCGAAGAUGACACCCAUACAAAAGCUAGAGAGAUCCACUUAAUGCUGGAGGAGAUGGCAGAUCGCUUGAGGCUUGCUGGCUACACUCCAGACACAACACAAGUAUUGCUUAAUGUGGAUGAGGAAGAGAGAGAAAGCGCAUUAUCUUAUCACAGUGAAAAGAUCGCAAUUGCUUUUGGCUUGAUUAGCACAAGCCCUGGAACAACGUUGAGGAUAGUCAAGAACCUACGGAUUUGUGGGGAUUGUCAUUCAUCAAUAAAACUUAUUUCAAAAAUAUAUAAUCGUAGGGUGGUAGUGAGGGACCGAAAUCGUUUCCACCAUUUCGAGAAUGGAUUGUGUUCAUGCAUGGACUUCUGGUGAUAUUUGCACAAGGGAUGGGACCAUCACGGGAAGGGAAGAAUGUACUUAUUCCAUGUACAGUUUAUUUCAUGAAUCAGAUAUACCAUUUUUCCGGGCUGA